GGGGGAGUAUAUAGAGGAACACAGGGGUCUGUACAAGAACGUGAUGAUGGAGAAUCACCGGCCCCUCACAUCACUGGAUGGGCCCAGUAAAAGAGAUACCCCAGAGAGAUGUUCCCUUCCUCUGUAUUCCCAGGAUUGUACAGAGGAGAAUCCCAGGAUCCCACAGGAGGAUCAGGAAGAACGUCUGUCUGAUAUUAAAACAGACGAUACAGAGGGAGAAGAAGAGAUGUAUGUGUCUGAUAUAAAGGGAGAAGAUAUAGAGGGAGAAGAAGAGACGUAUGUGACUGAUAUAAAGGCAGAAGAUAUAGAGGGAGAAGAAGAGAUGUAUGUGACUGAUAUAAAGGCAGAAGAUAUAGAGGGAGAAGAAGAGACGUAUGUGUCUGAUAUAAAGGCAGAAGAUACAGAGGAAGAAGAAGAGACGUAUGUGACUGAUAUAAAGGCAGAAGAUAUAGAGGGAGAAGAAGAGACGUAUGUGACUGAUAUAAAGGCAGAAGAUAUAGAGAGAGAAGAAGAGACGUAUGUGACUGAUAUAAAGGCAGAAGAUAUAGAGGGAGAAGAAGAGACGUAUGUGACUGAUUUAAAGGCAGAAGAUCUAGAGGUAGAAGACGAGACAUAUGUGAGGGGUGAUCAGCAGUGUAAGGAGGAGGAGAUCCCUACAGAUAUCAGCACAGAUGGACACACAAGCAGGAAUAUCUCAGAAGGACAUCUGUUAUCCCCAGAUUGUGACAUAAGAGAUAAUGACAGUAGACAGGAUUCUCCAGGAGCUAACCCCAUUACCCCAAUUAUACAUCCAGCUCUAUCAGCUGAUCCCUCUGAUCCUGGGAAAUGUUCUCCUGAUCACUCUGAUAUUGGGGCAUCUGGUACAGCUCUGACAGUAGAUACAGUGUGUCCCUGUUCUAUAGAUGCCAAAUGUUUUACACAGAACACAAACUUCUUGUUUGACCUUAACCUCCCGUCUCAGAGUUAUUUGGAAGAAGGUACACCUUGCUCUUAA